AAAAAUUAUCACUGUCUUGGCAUUGAUUACAUUCUUGGGUGGUCCGUUCCAAUUAUUAAUAACUAUUACAGAAGGAGUUCUUCCAUUUGUCUAGCCUUGAUCUUUAUAAAGUUUCACGGGAUGCCCUCUCGUUCUCCCAUCUUCUCGUGUUAUGAAGAUGUCCUUACACACGUCGUGGUCGUAUACUCCAGACAGAAUCUUGUAUGUCUUGAUCAUGUUUCCCUGUGCCCUCCUGUAAACCAGCAUUGGUAGCUCCAGCUUAUGCAGCCGCUCUUCAUAUGUUAAGUUCUUCAGCUGGCCUAAAAUAUGGGACUACUUGCCAUCCAGCAGUGGAAUCACAGACUGGCAAGAUGAAGUGAAGCAAAUUCUCUGUUUGGACAGAGAAGUUAAAAAGCUGGUGUCUGGCCUCAGCCGCAGGUUGUACCAAAACUCCCACCUCACCACACCUGUUUACAAUGAGGUGGAUGUCAUGGUCAUGUCCACACCUUAUGCAUCACUCUACAUGAAGAAUGCCCUCCGGAAGAUCAUUGAGGAUGGACCCAAAUAUGAGAAUCUGACAGAGAAGUACUACGCUCUGAAAGUAAUGAGUCAUGUCCAUCAGGGAAUGUGUCAGAGGGAAUGGCAGGACUUCCUAGAACAGCCUCCAGCCAAGCAGUGCCUGGAAGUGGGCACCAUGUUGCUGGCCAGGUGGUUUCAGCCACACACAGACGUCAGCAUUAAGCAGAUGGUUGCUGAGCUUGAUCAAAUGGCUGAAGCAUGUCGCAGUAAAUUGCGUACAACUGAACCCAACCACCCUGCCAUUUCCUCCCCUCUGGUUCCUUCAAGUGAAAUUCUUCCUGAGUCAAAGUGGGACCAAGAGAGGUGUAAGCAACUAAUGAAGUGCAUCAAUGAUGUCUUGUUUAAUCAGAUGAAAUUUGCAGGAAAUAGUGAUGAUUACUACAGUCUGAAAAAUUCCCUUAUUAAUGAGGUGCUCAGCUCCAGGAAAGGAAUCCCCAUCACUCUAAGCAUUGUGUACAUGGCUGUUUGCCACCGACUGGGCAUCUGCCUUGAACCUGUCAACUUUCCAUCUCAUUUCCUUGUGAGGUGGAAGAUACCUGGAACAACACAGUACAAGUUCAUUGACGCCUUCGACAAGGGCCGUCACUUCACCCCCAAGGAAGUCCUGGCUGAAGUACCUCUGCUUAUAAAUGAGGAUGACAGGCUGCUCUCUGCCUGUGGGCCUUUGCAGGUGUUCCAGAGAAUGAUCAGGAACAUUAUGAAUGUGGCACAGAUGCAAGCCAACAUCUCAGACCACAUGGAGCUUUACUGCCCAGCCACAGAGCUAAUGAGUCUUCUCAUGCCCUCAGACCACAGUGUGCAGGAGCUACUAUUGAGAAUCUACUACACACUAGAAAUCCAUUAUGAUCGCAUUGUUGCUGGGUGUCAGCAGUUACUGAAGCAGAAUCCCUCAACCAUACUGGAAGAGAUGCUUUCAGAUUGCCAGCAAAUUAUCAAGAGUGAAAGUGACAUGCCCAAGCCAAUCAUCCCCAAUAGCAGGAGUCCAGAAAUUGCUUUUGCCACAGGUCUUGUCAUGCAGCACAAGAGAUAUAAUUAUUCCUGUGUCAUAUUUGGGUGGGAUAAGGAGUGCAAGAUGCCAGCUGACUGGGUGCGACGGAUGGGUGUUGACCAUCUCCAGUACAAGACUAAGCAGCCAUUCUACAAUGUGCUAGUCCAUGACGGAUCUCAUAGAUAUGCCGCUCAAGAAAACUUGUCAGUUUCUCAGGAACCAGUGCCCAUCAGCCACUCAGAUAUUGGGAAGUAUUUCAAGGAGUUCACUGGAGUAUGUUAUUUGCCCAAUGAUGAAUUGCAGCAGGAGUACCCAGACGAUGCAGCUGUGAAGAACACUCUCUUAAGAGAACAAGGGUUUUUUUAGCAUUCAGAGGAGAUAUGUAGAUGUGUAAUAAUAACCUGAUUUCCCUGUGAAGUCAAUUCACUUUGGUAAUGACAACCAGUCAUUUGUGGACUGGAUUACAAAUGUCAGUUUCUACCCCUCUAUGAGGAAAUGAAAUCCUACCUGAACAUGAGCACGAACAGGUUUUUGUAUGCUUGUACUGUAUAUAAUACACCGGAGUAUUGCUAAUUUUUUUGUCCGGCUUUUUUCAAAAUAUUAGUACUGUUGAGAUGAGUGAUGUAGAUUUUAGGCAUUGUAACUACUGCUCUUCAACAAAGUUUGAGUUAAUUUUCUUCCUGUUACCACUUCUUUUUUUUUACUGCUUUGUACAUAUUA